CCAACAAGGAGAAGAGGAGGUGUUCGCUGCUCUGUGAAACCAGCCUGACGCGGUGCCCUCCGAUCUAAUGGCCAAGAGGCCUCCGCCUUCGCAGAGACUCCACAGCCAGACUCACCACUUGGAAUGGGCAGGCCAGUAGAUAGCACCCAAAGCCCAGCCUUCAAGGUAAGCCCAAUUAUUCCACCAUUUUAAUGCUCCCACUCGGGUUACAGGCUCGCGUUACCGAGCCCAGCAAACAAACCUUCUACCUAAGGACUUAUUAAGAAGAAAUAUUCCUCAUCUGAUUCCGAUGUGGGAACUAUGCGAGCCUUUCAUGGGGAAAAAAUGGAGCAUAGAACUCUGAUGUACUUGUGUUUAUGCCUGGUGUUUGACAGAUAUGAGAUUUGCCUUAGGAAUGGAGAUGAAGCCUUUGUUUUUUGAUAUGGAAAUUGCAUCGUUUCUGUUCAAGGGAGACCUUAUAUGUGAAGCAGAGACAUAGCCUGGAAGCUUUGCUUCACUGAACGGAAUGGCAGAGAUGGGCUAGCUUUCAUUCAUUUCCAUUAUCAAUUUCAUUUCACCCUCACAUUAAUAUCCUACUUUUUUUUUUAUUUUUUUUUAUUUUAUUUAGUUUAAAUUGUGCAGGCUGAAGUUCUAGAAAUUAUGCAAAAUUUAGUAGUUUUGAUGAUUUAUUGAGUUUAGGGGAAAUUAUAUUAGGGUUGUGAUUUGAGAUUAUGCAUAAACAUUUUUUGUCAUGCUAAUUUGAUCUUUUUAUGGAUAAUGGAUAAAUAAUGUAGGCAGUUUACAUAGAGGGAAUUGCGAUGGUGCAAUUAAGAGUAUCAUCAGCAACCUCUGAUCUUUCUACAGCAAAUCUUGAUUUGUGGCAUUUGAGAUGUUCAUGGCCAUUACCCUCAUCUCAGUUUGCAAAAUUGCCAUCAGCUUCCUUACUUUUGUACUGUGUAUACUAAAACAAUAGGAGUCAAUAUAAAAAUUGCCAUAAUGUUAACAAUCUUGUAAAAUCUCAUCCUUUUGGUGAACCAUUUACCACUUCAAUUUAGAAAGUGAAUGGGUCGGUCUCGCGGAAAUUUUCACGCGGAAGAAGAUCCCAAUCAAAGGUUUAAACUUAUAUACUUCAAAAUCCAGUUUCCUGCUUUAGUUUUUGUUGUAUAUUCUUCAGUUUCUUUGUGCUUAAAUAUAAUUUAGUUGGGAUAUUGACAUGCUGUUAUGGUGUAGCAUUGAAAUUUGGUUUUGGGUUGGUAAAUAGUUAGGAGUUUGACUUACAUUUGGACAAAGAUAUUACUGGGAGAAUCGUAUCAAAGAGUAAAGUAUGAUUUUCAUAUCCCAUGUGUUACUUUGUUGCUUACAUGGUUUCCAUCUGUUUUUUAACAUUGAUUCUCUUGCACUAUUAGUUAGAGUUGAAGACUUGAACAGAAGUGGAUCCUCAGGCCGUUUGACUUCAGCAUCCAAUACUGGCUGGGUGUUACGUGAUGAAGAUGGCAGGUUUCUUGAUGCUAAGAAUGUGCAUAUGACCGGCUCGUUUGAUGUGGAAGAGGCUGAGGCUUUUAGUAUGCGGGAGGCUCUCAGUUGGCUGAAGGACACCGGUAUGGGAAGUGUGGAUGUGGAGACAGACUCUCAACUUUUGUUUAAUGCUUUGUCUUGUAAUUCAUUUUAUUUUGCUUUUGGUUUAAUUGUGGACGAUAUUAAAGAAUUGACAUCUUUGAUAGAUGAUGUCAAAUUUGGGUUUGUUAGGCGAUAUGCGAAUUGUGGAGUUAAUUCCAUUUGUGGUCCUAGAUUUAUAUGUGACAAUCCAUUUUUAGUCCUUUUUUAUUAG